AUGUUCCCGUUCCUGGUGUUCAGCACACUGUGCGACAAUCUGCAAUCGGAUCAGGGUUCAGCCUUUCUGAUGAUUUCCAAUCGAUCCAAGUACGUCGCCAACUUCGUUGAAGAUCCUUUGACAGGAACGUCGCCAACAGCUUUCACACCCUCUUCACUGAGGUACAUUAUGUCCGACGAAGAGGAAGUCUACUCUGAAGAAGAGGAGGUAGAGGAGGUGGAGGAAGAAGAGGAAGAGGAGGAACAGGAUGAAGAAGAAGUUGAAGAGGAGGUGGAAGAACAUGAAGAACCUGUCGUAGAGAAACAUGAAAGACGGCACAGUGAGAUCGUCGACCAUGAGGAUGAAGAAGGGCUCACGGAAGCUGAAAAGGCUAUGUUGGCAGCAAAGAGACGUCAUGAAGAAGAAGACAAGGCUAAGUUGGAGAACUAUGAAGAACGAAGAAAGAAGGAACGCGAAGCUGAAGAAGAGGAACUUCGAAUGUUGAAGGAAAAACAAGAACGCAGAAAACUAGAGAGAGAACAAGAAGAAAAAGAGAUGGCCGAGAGAAAACGGCUCGAUGAAGAACGUAGAAGAAAGGAGGAGGAGGACAGACGCGCUCGUCAGGAUGAGGAGAAGAAGAGGAAAGAAGAGGAGAAAAACAAGCGACAGCAGAUGAACUUCGGAGGUGGACAGGGUGGAAGAAACUUCGUUAUUCCUGAGAAGACAUCGGAGAAGAAUGACAAGUUUGGAAAUAUCGUGCAGGCGAAACAAGAAAUGGGUAUGACGAAGGAUCAGCAAGAAGAAGCGAAGAAGGUAUUUUUGAAUGGAAUCCGCCACAAUAUCCCCGAAGCGUCGAGCAUCUCAGCGGACGAGCUUAAAGCGAAAAUCAAGGAAUUGCAUCAUCGCAUUUGUAAGCUCGAAGCGGACAAGUAUGACCUGGAGAAACGACACGAGAGACAGGAAUACGACUUAAAAGAAUUGAAUGAACGUUCAAGACAAGUGGCACGAAACGCUAGCGGCAAAGUGACCGACUCUGGCGAUACUAACUCCCGCCAUCCGCCCAAGGUACAAAUUUUGUCCAAAUAUGACCGACAAAUUGAUCGACGAAACUUCAAGGAGAGGCGAUCCAUGUACGAAAACAAAAACGCCUUCCCCUGUUUCCCAGGAAUGCCUCCCCCACCCACCCUCUUUGAAAAAGUCAUCAAGAAAUAUGACUACGAAUUGGCCGAGGAAGAAGAAGCUGAAGAAAUUGAGGAUUACGAAUGA